GCAAACCAAGGAGCUCAGUUUGCUCCCUAUUAUUAGGAUUAUGGCCAAAUAUUUGACCAACAUUUGUUCAGAGUGGGAGAGGUUUGUCAGACUAGAGGGCUUAGAGACAUCAGUGAUUGUGGAAGGAGGCAAAGACUCACAGUCUGAUGUGGAUGAACAUUCUUUACACUAAUGAUGUCGACUGCUUAAGCACUCUCUUGACUAUAGCAAGAAUCUUAGAAUAAUCUUUCAUCCUCUUAAAAGACUAAAAACUUUGCCUCAGAGAGUUCCUAAGACAGAUCACCAUUCAUAUGAUGUGAGAUGAUCCACCACAAUUUUGCAAAGGAGAAAAAGUUAAAGGUUUUGGGCCAAGUUGUUAAUGAAGAAAAAAGGGAAAUUAUGAAGACACAGAGGUCCUUAGUUCACCUUUCAUAUGAUGUUCACUCACCCUCGUCUCCUGUCAACUCAGCUGGGCUCACCACCCUGCCCUCUUCCCUCGGACCUCCUCCACGGCAUCCUCUUCCCGUGCCCAGCCAGUCAGCCUGCCACCACACUCCAACAACCUGCCCGGUCAGUUCUCCCGUGCCUCCUCUCUUCCUCGGCCCCCGGUGCCUCCCGGCUCCCUUGUCUCAGUCUCCUCGGUUGCCUGUGUUUCCGGCAUCUGCCUCUCCCUCACCUCCACUCCCUCAACCCCUUUUCCGUAAAUAAAACCUGUUCAUCCUGA